UUCUUCCAGUCUCCCACUCCCUCCCCCCUCGCCCCGGCUCCUGGUGCCCGUUUCUAGCGCCGCCGGAGCCUGCGAGGGAGCCGGAGAGAACAGGAGGAGGAGGAGGAGGAGGAGGCCACGUCGCCACCGCUCGGAGCCCGGCUGGAGCCUCCCAGGCAGGUACAUGGUUCGGGUCCGAGCUGUGGUGAUGGCCCGAGAUGACUCCAGUGGGGGCUGGCUGCCUGUGGGGGGCGGGGGCCUCAGCCAGGUGAGCGUAUGUCGGGUCCGAGGGGCCAGGCCCGAGGGGGGGACCCGCCAGGGGCACUACGUCAUCCACGGGGAGCGCCUCCGGGACCAGAAAACCACUUUAGAGUGUACCCUGAAGCCAGGCUUGGUUUACAACAAGGUGAACCCCAUCUUCCAUCACUGGAGCCUGGGUGACUGCAAGUUUGGGCUGACGUUUCAGAGUCCUGCAGAGGCUGAUGAGUUCCAGAAGAGUCUGCUGGCUGCUCUGGCAGCACUGGGUCGAGGCUCGCUCACUCCCUCUUCCUCCUCCUCUUCCUCCUCCUCCUCCCCUUCCCAGGACACUGCAGAGACCCCCUGCCCUCUGACGUCCCACGUGGACAGCGACUCCUCCUCCAGUCACAGCCGCCAGGAGACGCCUCCCACCAUCUCGGCGGCAGCCCCCAUCAUCACGGUGGAGUCAGCUUCUGGCUUCGGGCCGGCCACGCCCUCCCAGCGCCGCCGCUCCUCCACUCAGAACUACCCUCCGCUCCUACCUUUCACGGGAAUUCCGGAGCCCUCAGAGCCCCUGGCCGGGCCCGGGGGCUCGGGUUGGGGCGGCCGCGGCUAUGAGGAUUACCGGCGCGCCGGGCCGCCGGCGCCCCUUGCCCUGUCCACCUGCGUCGUGCGCUUCGCCAAGACUGGCACGUUGAGGGGCGCAGCUCUGAGGCCCCCCGCCGCCCUACCGGCCCCUCUCACAGAGGCUGUGCCCCCAGCGCCUCCGGCUCGCCCGCCCCCGGGCCCAGGCCCCGCCACGGCCCCGGCGCCCGCCAAGGCCUCCCCGGAGGCAGAGGAGGCAGCGCGCUGCGUACACUGCCGCACGCUCUUCCGCCGCCGAGCAGACGGGCGAGGUGGCCGCUGCGCGGAGGCCCCAGACCCAGGUCGCUUGCUGGUGCGCCGUCUCAGCUGCCUGUGGUGCGCCGAGAGCUUACUCUACCACUGCCUGUCGGACGCCGAGGGCGACUUCUCGGACCCGUGCGCCUGCGAGCCGGGCCACCCACGCCCCGCUGCGCGCUGGGCCGCGCUGGCUGCGCUCUCUCUAGCUGUGCCCUGCCUCUGCUGCUACGCGCCCCUGCGUGCCUGCCACUGGGUGGCGGCACGAUGCGGCUGUGCUGGCUGCGGGGGUCGCCACGAGGAGGCAGCGCGGUGAGAACGGCCUAGUGGGUCCGGUCCCUGGACCAAGGACCCAAAACUGAUGAUCCCGGACCCCGGACUCCAUACAGACCCCCAAACCCAAACCUAGGCACACCCGCAACUUGGAGCUCGAGUUUGGUUUGAGACCACAGACCUGGAACCUGGACCCCAAACCUAGGAUUGAGAGACCUCAGACCCAGCUUCUUUGGGAUCUGUCCAAGAGGUCCCAGGCACCUGAGUCUGGCGUCCCCAUCCCUUCUCCCCGACCCCUGGCCUAGACUGGAGAUUCAAGGCGUCCCAGGCUCCACACCUCAGGAAGGCCUAGGAGCCCAUGGAUCCCUGACAGAGGCAGGGUCCUGAACCCUCAGAUUAACAGCCCCAGAAUUAGUCAGGAGUUGCCAAUACCUGACGCUGCCUGUAUACAGUUACUCCCAGAUCUUGAGACCACAGGACCCAGAAUCACCCUCAAAUGGUCCCUAAAUGCUCACCUAAAACCUGGGUCACCCAUAUCAGAUAUUCUUGUAGCCCCAGGACCCCUGAAACACAGAGCCCUCUUAAGAUGCUAUGAGUCCUUGCAUAUGCUCAGAUGUUCUCUGACCAAAAUGACUUGGGAGACCCAUCUCAGAGCACUGCUCCCGUCCCACCAAGAUCCAGAUAUCAGACUCCAAGAUGCUUCAGGAGCCAGGGAUCAAAGGCCUGUAUAGACCCACCAACCCCAAGCCAGUGUUCCCAGGAGCUUUGUGUCUCUUAUGUAGGACUCUGAGGUGCCUAGUACCCCGAUAGAGGACUAAAGGCCACUAACACCUCAGGGCCCAAGACACUGGUCCCAAGUCUUCAGCCCUCUUGGACUUGGAUUUCAAGCCCCAGAAUGUCCUGGAAUCUUUGGCUGCUUUGUACCCACAGAUCCCCAAUCUUCUAAAGGCUGGGAGUCCAGCUCCCAGGGGAUGGGAUGUUCAUGGCAGUGCACACCUCUGACUCCUUGUCCCCCAGCCCGAGUGACACCCAAGGUGCUUUAGGAGCACUGGAUCCAAGACCCCAAGGUGCCACUGACCUUCCAAAUUCAGGGCUCAAACCUACACAACAUUGGGAUUGUCCCUGACACCAAGACCUUGGUCCCUUCCUAUCAGAGACAGCUCUGAGGUGCUUCAGGACCCUAGCACCUCCAGAUCUGAUUUCUCUGGACUGGAACCACUCUAGCCUGAUACUCCCUGAGACCUGCUGCCCCUUGAAUCCUGCUAUCCAUAUGCCCCUGAAACCCCAAGGUCCCAAGACUCUGGAAUUCUAGUCCCAAGGGCCCCAGCCCAAGCCCCCAGCAUCCCACAGAAUCACCCCUUUACCCUAAGGGGAGAAACCCUACCAUUCUGAGCUCAUGUUCUGGAUUCCAGGACCAAUGAGAGCUCCCCGAUUCCCAUCUCUAGGACUCAGCAUCACCACAGAUGAUUUUGCAGGCUGUUCACCAAGCAAAGGCCAAGGUGGUGAGUGGGGCUAGAAUUCACACCUCAUUCUGCUCGCCACACCGUGCCCUCAGAGGAAGGUGUGCUUUUUUCUGAGUUACACAAAGGCAACUUUUGGGCUAGUUAUGGCUCUGCUGAUCUCUCUGUCUCUGUCUUUCUGUCUCUCUCUCUCUCUCCACUACUCCACCCUCUACCCCCAGCCUUGUGGACUCUCCCCCAAGCCCAACUUUGAGCCCUAGCUCUAGUCCAAGCUUUUUAUGUUCUGCCUUCCAUUAACCCCUUCUCCUCCAUCUCAGAGUUGGGGAUUGCUUCAGAAAAUUUGAAAGCUUGUUUCAUGGCCCUCACACCCCUUUGGGGGCUGCUACAGUUUCUUUCCCCUUAGUGGACUGGAACUUCCAGAGUACCUCAAAUAUGAUGGCCUGAAUGGGGGGGUGGUCAAGGUCUUGGAGCAAGACAAUCUCAACGUUGUAUGGGCUUGGGACCUGCAUCUGGUCCCAAGCAUCUGAAAAUGUGCACUUACCUUUCUUCAUUACCAGACUUGAUUGGCCUUGUGGGAGUUCAAGGGAUAAGUCAAGGGGGCCAGAGGGAUAGAGCCUUCUGUGACUCCUUUAAAUUAUUAACUAUUACAUCCGGAACCUGUGCGAUUCAGCUCUCCCAAACCAGAUCCUGGAAUGGGUGAAAGAAAAGGGGGGUGUCCCUCCCAUCCCCACUCUGCCCAGCUCUCAUCACUGUCAGACCCACCAGAGCUGAGGGCGGAGGGCCUGGGGGCUGGGGAUGCCUGGAUCCCCGUGCCCCUCUCUGUGCCUCGGUCUCCUCCCUUCCGUGGUGGGCGGGGGGGAAGCUCCAUUCUUAACCUACCUCGUUUUGGGGAGGGGUGGGAUAGGGGACCAGAGUGCUGUAAGGUGCUGUGGGAUUUGCGAAAGAAGCGGUGGGGGCCGGGGGAAGGUUCCCCCGGCCCCCACCUCCCAGCACCACCUCCUCCCAGGUCUCCCAGUCCUGCUCCCUGCUGUUACCCACCUCUGAUCCAUGAAUUCUCUUCAUCACCCCCAAAUCGGGUGCAUGGAGGGCUGACCCUGGGAGCCAGGAAGACCUCAGACCCUGGAGCCCCCAGGCCCAAUUUCCCAGCUGCUUGCCCCUCCGAUUGGAUGCUUGGCCCCCCCAGACGUUUAUCUUCCUGAUCUUGAUUCCAAGCCAGUCUGUGAUCUCAAUACUGUUAUUGUCAGUGCAGGCUGAAGUGGUGGGGGAGGAUGGGGGCCAAAGACCCAGCCUUGUCAUCGGGGGAGGAGGCAUGAGGUAUCUGCUCCAAGAAACAUUAUGACAAAGUCUCAGCCUGUGUUCUUUAUUUGUAUUGAUGUGCCCUAUCCACUCACCUUCCUGAACUACUAAAGAAGUCUCCUACCCAAUUCUUUCUUCAUAUCCUUUAGUCCUAAGCAUACCCUCUAGCUGAAUUUUAUACAUUUAGUCACUCAAGUACAUUUAUCGAACACCCAUUAUAUGCCAAAGCCCUGUUCUAGAUUCGGGAUAAAGCAGUGAACAGACAAAAGUCAUUUCUGACAAGGAGUUUAUGAACUUUACAGUGAAAGAGACAAAUGACGUUAGAAAUUAUAUGUACUACAGAGAAAAAGUGGAGA